AUGUGGACAGUGUGCUAUGGAGCAGCAGGAGCAGAUCCAAGGCCAAAAGCAGUGACUGUAAAUGAGAUCUCAAGAAAUGUGUAUAUUUGUGGAUACAUUAAAAAAGACACUACUGAUAAAUAUUAGGAAUUCUUUGUGGCAAAGUACAGUCAAUUCGGAGAGCUUCAGCAUGAUUUUAUGAUCGGGACUACUGAUGAUCAUACUUUAGAUUACUGCAAUGAUCUUGACACCUAAGAAACCAUAGACGAAUAGCUUAUUGCAGUAGGCUCAAUAAGAGACUCAGGAGGUACAAAAGAAGCAUUUUUAGUAAGAUUAGAUAGCAAUCUUGAAAAUAAAAAGCAUUUUCACUGGGGCGGAAUAGGCAAAGAUGAUGAAUUCACAGCUGUAAAGUUUGUUAGAUUAAUGAAUAAGUUUUGGGUAUUAGGUAACACAGCUUCUUUUAAUGGCAAAAAUGACACAGACACCUUUAUCAUGAGAGUCAAUAUAGAUCUGGAGAUUGAUUACAUCAAAAUUUUGGUAAAAGAUAUAACAGAUGAGACGAUGUUUCACAUUUGUACUUCUAGACUAUAGCUUAAUUAAAUUGGAAGCGGCAUGAUUAACACUAAGGACACUACUUACAACACUUUUGGAUUGAUAGUAAAGUGGGGAGAGGACAGCAGCAUUUCUCACAUUGAAUUUGGAAAUUACUAUAAUGGAGGGGCUAAUACUGAUGUUUACACCUAUAUAAGGCAAUCAGAUGUAGAUUAUACAAAUUAGUAUAUUGGCACUUGCGGAGAAAGAGCAAACGCAGUGUUCUUCAUGCGAUCUGUACUGGGUAAUAUGACUCCAGAUAGAUGGUAAGCAUUUGGAAGUGCUUGGAGUUACAAAAUGCAGAUAAGAGGUUGCUAAUGGGUCUAAUCUACCAUAAGGACCUCAGCACCACUUGAGGGUUCUUCAUUUGUAGCGUUUGGAGACACCUUAUAUGAUGCAACUGGCAACUACAUUGGCAAAAGAAAUUUUUUCUAUAUAAAGAUGGACUACAAUAUGCUGGUAAGAACUACAAGAGUUUUCGGGAAGUCUGGUUCCAAUCAGUAUGCUAUUUCUAGAAUGUAUUUAGACUAGUAUGGAAUCGUAUAUUUUGCUGGUACUACAACUAAUUGGUGUUAAUCUGGAGAAAAUGGCAUGAUUAUCUUUAAAAAUAACUUUGACUUUGAUUUGUGGGAAACUCACACAGAUGGCAACUAUUUCGAUAGAUAUAUUCUGCAAUAUAUCGGUUAAAGUGUUGCAUAUCCAACUGGAUAUAAUACAGAUGCUAAUACUGGAAGUUCUCCAAUGAAAUGGUCUAAUGCUCUAUUUAUUACGACAAGAAUUGUCAAUACCUUUUAUCACAAAUUCGAGUCUUAGUAUACAGUUACUAGUAAUCUAGAUGGAGUAACUGGAUUAGUAACGACAACUUUAUUUUCAGACUAUUAAUACUAGAAUGGAGAACUCACAUUCAAGUUCUAUACAAAUUCUAUUAACAGAGUAAGAGUUCCUAGAACAUGCUUUAAGUCUCAGACUACUGACUAUGCUGGAGUCGUAUACUAUACCUAUGAGCACAACACAGAUUAUAAUCAAGGUAGUUUGCCUCUUAAUACUGUAAUAAGUGUGACUGAUGGUUCUAACUACUUGUACAAUGAUGAUCCAAGCACAAAGGGUAUUCACUUUUUUAGAAUAUCUGAAAAGAAAAAUACUUAACUUAUCAAAGAUAGCUUGGUUAAAGUCAUAAUAACUGAUAGAGAUACUCCUUAUUAGCUGAGGAAGAUGACAAGUAAGAGAAUACUUCAAGGUACUACUACUAAUUGGGGUUUAAAUGCUAAUGGAAAUAUUUGGUCCACUUGCUUCAGGUAAUUGUUUUACUAAUCAGAUGGUUCCUCUAUUCCUUCCUGGAUAGACUACAAUAUUCAUACUAUUUCUGGACUGACAGUAGAUACUUUUUAUGUAACAAACCCAAAACCAUCGGGGACUUAUGAAAUCAAAAUGACUUGUGCUGAUUCAUAUGAAUCGACUGCAAAUGAUACUUUCUACAUUGAAAUCUAUAAUAAUGCCCCUUAUAUCUUGAAAUAAAUAGGGAGUUAAUAUGUAUUAGUCGGAGGCCCUAUUAAAAAGAUCAAGAUGUCUGAUUAUUUCACUGAUGAUGAUGUUGUAAAUGGGCAAACUCUGACUUACUCAGUUACACCUCUUCUACCUAUCACAUGGGCUUAAUGGAUAUUAUGGGAUUCAAAUUUAAAUAUUUUAAUUGCUCAAGCACCAACUGGACUUGUAACUAAGACUUACACAUUUACUGUAACAGUUAGUGAUGGUGAAUUGUCUGUUUCUUAGGUAAUGACUCUGAUUGUAAAUAAUCCUGUCAAAAUGAUUAAAACAUUUUAAUCAGGAUACCUAUAUACAAAUGAGAGAAUUUUAGUUAACUGCUCUGAAUACUUCUAGUUAGAUCUCUCAACAUUUUUUUCUGAUGAAGACAAAAAGGAUAUUCUGACUUAUUCAAUUUAAAGAUCAAAUGGACAAAGCUUACCUAAUUGGCUAGGACUCAGUCAAAGAAAUAUAUUAGAGGGUAUCGCAUCAGGUGAUGACUUUGAAAUCCUAAAUUUAAUUGUGACUGUAACUGAUAAUAAAGACUCAUCAAUAAAUGAAACAUUGCAGUUAGAGGUUAACUGCAAGCCAGUAGAUUUAGGAAGAUUACCCGAUAAGCUUUACACUAGUUCUGGCUCAACUUUGGUCUUUGACUUCAAAGGAUAUUUUGAAGACCCUAAUGGAAAUUCAUUACUCUUUAAGGUAUCUGGCCCAUCUUGGAUAACCAUUAAUAAUGGCUAAGUUUAAGCCGAUGGCCAGAGCAGUGGUACUUUCCCCUUUACUUUAUAUAUUUGCGAUGAGUAUCAAUUAUGCUUAACUAGAGAUUUAUCUAUAGUAGUAGAAAGCAUGAAUUCACCCCCAAAAUUAUUAAAAGAUAUGCCAGACUAGAUAGUUUACUCAAAGACUAAUUUUGUAUUCAAGGUACCUGACGAUAUCUUUUCUGAUGCUGAUGGUGAUAUAUUAUCAAUGAGUGCUAGAUAAUAGCCAACACAAUAAAUUCCUUUAGGACUAGAGCUACCAGAUUGGCUAACAUUCAGUAAUAUGGGUAAUUAUUUUAGUGGCUACACAAAUUAGACUUAAUCACUCAGAAUAUAACUGACUUUUGGAGACUAGUUCUCAUCUAGAGUUGUUUAUUUCAAACUGAUAGUCUUAGAUGAUAGUGCCCCUGUAUAGAAUGUCUAAAUACCAGAUUAAUUUUCAUGGUCUGAGAGUUAAUGGGAAUACACUAUCCCCUUAUCGUCUUUCAAAGAUGCAGAUAUUCAACUAAAUGAUUAACCUUACUACUUUGAUUACAAUGCCUAUCUAGUAGAAGGAUUUGAUCUUCCUCAGUGGCUCAAUUUCAAUCCAGGCAACAGAAGUUUUUACUCAACCAAAACUCAAACAGGAACUUAUUGGAUUGAAAUAAGUGCAGCAGAUUCAUAAGGAAAUACAAAUUACAUGAACUUUUAGUUGAUAAUAUAUCAUAGGAUUUAUGAUAAAGAAAAUAUUUACUACAGUGGAGUUGUUAUUGCUGUUGGAAUAGCUAUUAUAAUUAUUAUUGCAGUGAUUAUAGAAACAGUUUUGAUUUAUAUGAAAAUAGAAUCAACAAGAAUGAUUAAUAAUGUUAAAAUUGAAAAAAUAGUUGGGGAAAAUCCAACUAGAUUUGUUGAUAGACAAAAAGUAUAGAAUAAAAAGGAUAAUUGA